AUGACCGCGGACGAACCAGCAGCGAAGCGUCGAAAGAGCAUGCCCGACAUGGCGCAAUUUCCAACGACCGGAGAGCGCACAGUGAGCAUGCCGGCUCGCAUACCAACACCAAUGACUGCCAUCUCAGAGACCGCGCCGCGCGUUGGAGGUAGAAUGGACGUGUAUCCAGGCGGAGAUGCGCUCAUCGCUAUCAAGGGUGUUGCGGAGCUCGAGGAGAGAGUGGUCGAGAUCCGCUGCUCGAGUCAGGUCCUCCGUAUGGUAUCGCCAGUGUUUGAUAAGCUCUUUGCGAACGCGCAGUGCAACAGCUCCGAUCUGGCGGAGUACAGCAUAUCUCUCGCGGCGAACGAGCACCAAGCAGCAUCACCGGAGCCAGAUGCGUUCCUUUUGCUGAUGAACGUCCUGCACCACCGCAACGACAUCCUACCUACGUGCAUCCAGCCCGAGUUCCUGCUACGCUACAUCAAAGUCGCAGCGCAGUACGAGUGCCUCACGGCUGCUUCCCGCGCGGCCUCACCCUGGUUCGAUCACAUUUACAACAAGAAACCGACCGCAGUCGCCUUCGAGAUGAUCGAAGCCGCUUACAUCCUCAACGAUCCCACCUACUUCGCUCGCUUCACCACACACUGGGUUCUGCAGCAACCUCUGGGGCAGACUCUCGGCACCCUCGCCAGCGGCGCCGGUCAAGCACGAAUACGCCUGACAGCAGAGCUGCUGUCGCGGCAGAAAGGCGCCAUCAACGCACUGAAAGCCGAUCUCGACAUCAUCGUGGACACAUGCGCCGAAGCUCUCUCCGAUGACGCGAAGCAUUAUAUUGACUGCGCACCCGGUGACGAACCACAUCCAGACGAGAACAGAGAAGCAGUGCAAUGCGUCGUGGAUAAGGAAGGCGCGACAGAGUUUCUGGCUGCACUACGUGAUGCAAACAUAUGGCCGGCGACGAAGUGGGUAAACACCGUGGAGGCCAUUGUGAAUGCUGUCAAGAAAUUCAGGGUGCCGGAAUAUGACGCAAGCGAUCAGUGCUAUUGGUGCUUGCACGUGGAGGAUAAAUUUGCCACCGCAGUUGAUCUGGUGAGAAAGAUGCACGAGGAGAGGCUGUGGGGGUUGUGUUUGGACUGUUAUCUAGCAGGAGGGCUGAAAGAGGGGGAGUGUCGCGUCGAGCAUGCUAAGGCGAAGACAUUGUCGGCGGGUUUGGUGGCGAGGAGAAUUGUUAGUGGUGGGUCGGCUGCAAGCAGAUGA